AAUAAAAUGGCGUACGUUGUGGUACAGUGUACGUGACAACAUGCUCAUGAACAGCACGUGAGCUCAGUCGUGUCGAUGUCAGUGAGCUCCCGUGUAGACUAGUGGUGACAGGCACACGCUGCACAUCCUCCGGGACAAAAAGAAACGCGCUGUGAUUACAACUGACGAACGGCCCGUGAAAAUGUCCUCGUGCCACGGCAUGAUAAGGAUGAAAUAUUAAAUUUCUCCACGUUGUGCAUUGGUACAUGAGCGAAGAGAAGCAAGUUGGGAUGAAAGUGUUGCAUAUAGCGGGAUUUGGGAAGAAAUCUGAGUAGCAGACGACAUACUGACAACGCAUCACGAUGCUGUUCAUAUAGUGAUGAACACGGAUUCUCAACGUUGAUCGAUCUCGGCACUGUCUCGGAGCCCUCCCGUACAGCUGAUUGUAAUGGGAAAUGCGAUAAUGAUUUUAAUAUGACUCCAACCGCUAAACGCCUCAAGCAGGCCAGUGCUUCUCUCUAACCGCUGUCCGGUAUAGGUCAAGUGAUGAAGAUGCAUCGACUUGUGUUGAGAGGCAUGCGCAUAUCCUCCACCUACAACCUCCUGGUCAUGUGUAUCUGCGUGUGCCUGACCUUGUACGCCGUGUUCUACUUCCGGGUCGACAAACCCAAACACCCGCCACCGGAAGUCUUCCUGAAGACAAACAAGACCUACAAAAUGAUUCACCUUCAUUCAUUCCCAUGGUAUUACGAGCUGCAAAUGGGAGAAAAAUCUUUUGAGGGCUGCCCAGUAAGCACAUGUACAUACGUGGACAAACCGGAAACAAUUCCAAACAGCGACGCCAUCUUGUUUUUCACGGACCACCAGCCCGGCAAUGCACCACCGGAGAAGACCCCUGGUCAAGUCUGGAUCUUCUUCUCUGUAGAGAGUCCAAUUCAUUCCUUUAACACUGGUUUUGGUGGUCCAUCGUGGGAAGGGAAGUUCAACUGGACAAUGAGCUACCGUCUAGAUUCGGAUAUUAAGUUCGGCUACGGGGACGUCGUGCCAGGCGGGAUCACUGAAGCUAAAGACUAUGUUGCCAUAGCAACGAGAAAAAAGAAACUCGUGGCAUGGUUCGUCAGCAACUGCAAUACACAAAGCCAAAGAAUGAAAUAUGUGAACAUGUUACAAAAAUACAUCCCGGUCGACAUAUACGGUCAUUGUGGAAGGUUAAAAUGUGAGCGCGAUCGCUCAGGGGAAUGUAUGGAGAUGUUAGCGCAAGAUUAUAAGUUUUAUUUAUCUUUUGAAAAUUCUUUAUGCCAAGACUAUGUCACUGAAAAAUUAUUAAAAACCUUGAAAACCGACAUUGUGCCUGUCGCAAGAGGUGGGGCCAACUACACUGCCUUGUUGCCUUCAAAGAUGGCCAUCAUCACGGGAGACUACACAUCGGUGAAAGACUUAGCGGAAUACCUGAAGUAUCUGGCUAACAAUGUGGACGAAUAUGUGUCCUAUCUCAAGUGGAAGGAUUCUUAUCACAUUGUUGAGCCUCAGCCUUUUCCCCACUGUUUGUUAUGCGAGCGAGUCCAUCAACCCCUACAGUGGCCCAAGGUCUACCCCAACGUUGCUGACUGGUGGAGAAGAGGUCGAUGCAGCGAAGCUAACGAUAUCGGCGCUUGAUGCAGAUACAAAUAUACUUUUUAGCCUCAGUGACUCCUCUAUGGGAAAUGUCCAGGAGAAAAUGUGAUCAGAAGCUUCUGAGUACUGUUCAUUAUGAUAUAUCUAAUCCAGAAGCACCCAUGUCAACCGAUAAUUGCGCCCGGAGGGGAACUGUUAAUUGCACCCUUUGGUCAUUUGUGAAGGGAUUUGAAUCGUAAAUGGAAAAUUGAGCCAAAUUGGUCGCCACGGGUCCAAGUAGGUCCUUUGAGGGUCAGGAGCGUGUGGCGUGGCUGGGAGACGAGAAAAUUGAUGGAUAUCACUCUGAAGCCACUAUGUGAUAAUGUAGGUGCUUGUAGGACUGGAGAAUGGGUUUAUUAUCAAAUGCGCCGAUUGGAAUAAUAUAAUGAAGACUUGCCCUAUAUGAUAAGCCGUAGACGUGUGCCGUGUGGUCAACUCAGGGGAGACUCCUCGACACUUGACCGUCGGUGGAUGGUCCGUGGUCUCGUAUCUGUCCCUCUACCGCUGUGUCGGAGUAAUGAGAAGUUGUGUGCGAAGAGGUCUUAUCUAGUCACAUUAUACAGCAUUGUUAUUGAGAUCAUUUUUUCUUUUUUUUCAAUAUUUAUGGGCAUCCUUAUAGUGUAUGAUUUUGUUUAUGUAUGGUUUUAUGCUAUAGGUAUUUCGAUGUUUAUUGACUCGUUUAUGCUGUUGAUGAUUCAUUCACUGUGUUAUAUUCAUCAUCACUAUCAUCUAUAUCCUCAUAUCCCCCGCAUAUACUGAUAGAUGUUUCGUGACCUGCAUGCCCGUCUGUACCAUUCUUCUGUUAUUAAUCAGUGUGCAUCUGGGGGUCAUGGGUGGGUCAGUCGUUUGAGACGCCACAUUUUGCGGGACAGCGUUGAGUCGGGCGUUAUCAAAACAUGAUCGUGGGUUCGAAUUCCAGAUUCAACCCGAUUAUGUUUCUAGGUACCGUGUGAAGCUGAUUCUCCGUGGUAUAACUGAAGUACUGUAAAAGCAUUAGUUAAACCAAACUCAUUCUUUCAUUGC